AAAAAUAAAUAAAUGCGCUCUAAAUAUCUGAGUUGGAGACAACAGGUCAAACCCUUUUUUAGGUUUCAGAGUGAUAAGGAAGCACAUCUGUUGGUAAAUAGUAACAAAUAAACACAAAAUUAAAUCAAUUUUUCAAAUUAACUCAGUUAAUUAUAUUUAUUUUAUUAAUUUUAAUUAAUUUCACCGUAUAAUUUGUUAUGUGCUUAUUGUUUUUCUACACCGAAUGAAAUAAAAAUCAAAAAAUUAUUUUCAUUUAUGAUCAAUAAUAUUGUUGAUUUAGAAAUAAAUGUAUGUAAAAACGUAAAGCAUUUUUUCUUCAGAAAAUUAUCUCCCAACGUGGUUUUUUUACGUGUUUUAAUAAAGCGCAAUUUAGUAAAUUGUGCUGUUUAGAUUGAGAGCAGUGUGUCAAUUACUCGGACAUUUAACAGUUCAAAUGGCCCAUAAGAAGAGAAUUACGCCUCUGGUCGAAUCGGGUAAGAAUCAACAAUUGGAAUUGUUAGAUGUCAGCCCUGAAGAGCGAAAGACUAAAAGUCCCGAGAGUUUGCCCCCUAUUCGAACCUCUGACAAGAUAAAAUCAAGAAUGUACCAGUGCAAGCGGAAUUUCGGGCUGUUUUUGAUGGGCAUCUUGAUGUUUAGCUCUCACUUGAAAAAAUUUAUAAGCGUGACACUCGCCUCAUGUUUCUAUCAUCAAUCUUUGUUACUUUUAAUUGCAAUCAGCAUGCUAUUUGAGGCAUUGAUAUCCAUCAUUGCUCUAGUGAUGAUUUUUUACAACGUGAACAAUCGUCAAUCAGUGAAAGCUAAUAUAUUCAACAACAUCUUACAGUAUUGUGUAAUUAUUGUUGUUAUUUUAGAAUUAAGUAUAGUAGCUAAUAACUCAGUGAUUGUAGAGAAAACAAACCCUUCACAAAACUGGAAACCAUAUUUAUGUGUGAUGAACAAAGAGUCAUAUGAGCAUUAGACCAUAAGAGCUAUUUUUAUUGUUAUGAAAAUGCAUUAAAACAAUUGCAACUGGUUUAGCAAAUAUAUAUAUGCAAUGGUAAAAUCAUUGAAAAGUAGUCGAUUGCAGCAACUAUUUAACAUUUAAAAAAUUCAUAUUUUAAAAUGUAUGUGAAAUUACAAGAUAACCUUUUUUUCUAAUAAUUCAACAUGGGCUGUAAACAUUUUGGUAAGAUCUGCAAGAUGUUCAAACUUUAGCUAACAUUUUUUGAUCAUUCUGGUCUGCUCAUUCUCGCCUGUUUUAUCCCUCCCAGCGUUAUGCAUGUUUUCCAUCUCCUGGUGGAAUGUUAAAACUUGGCCAGAAUAUCAGAAUGAUGGAGAUUAAGUUAUACCAGAAAAGUUGGUAUGGGUUUAAUUAAAAUUUGUUUAUAGAUAUUUUAUUCAGGAAAAUAAUUUCUUUAGGCAUCUAUAACUUUCUCCCAAUGUGCUACUAACCCUUGUAUAAAAGUUAGGGUCUCAAAACUUAAAAAAUAAAUUUUGCUCAUUUUCCAGAUAUUGGCAAUUAUCUAUCAUCCCAAUUAUGGAUAUUGUCACCCACUACGAAAAAGUGAGUCCAAUGGGGUCAGGUCUGGAGAGUACAGUGGGUGGUAGGACUUCCCAAACAAGCUUCGUCAUCACCUUGCUCUUGCUGCCCUGGUGAAAUAUUGCACCUUUUCAGUUCACGAGAGCAGGUUGUUUCUGGGCUAGGGCAUGCAAUACUCAUUGCAGUUGACUUGAGUAGAUUUCUGUGGUGAUAGUCUCUCAUGGUAGGAGUGUAGUACUGCACAAUGCCUGCUGUACUUCACCAAACACAAAGCAUCACUUUUUGUUGGUGAUAUUUUGGUUUUCACAUCAAUGGUGGUGUCAUUUGGUGACCUCCUGAUAUUACUGUAGAGGAUCAAUUAUUUUAUCGCAUGUGAUUAUCUGGUAAAAACAUUUCCACUUUAUGCCGUGAUAGGCAAUUGUUUAGACUCUAAAGUAUUUUACCAGUGGUCAAUUUAAGAGGAGCCUAUUUGCCCCGCGUCUACAUUUUCCCAAGAUGAUGUAAGAUAAAUUGAAUGGUUUCAUCGCUUACAUUGAAUACACUAGCAAGCUCCUGACAUAUUUGACAAAUCAAAUUCAAUAGCUUUCCUCAAUUUGUUGUCAUUAAGGAUAGGUCUACUAGACCGUUAUUCAUCCAUUUGUUCCCAGCAGCAAUCCUUUUGAACCAAUUUUCGGCAGUGCACUCACUUGCGAAUAUAGUGCAAAUUUUACAAGCCGUCCUACUACCCAGCUUAAAUUCAUACAAUAAGCACAUAUGAUUAAUGGAUUUUGAAGCAGUAAGAAAAUAUUUACAGAAAAUAUAAUUUACAGUAAACUGUUCAAGACACUUUUUCUUUAUGAACUGAUGCAUUAUCCCUCUAGGUGUAAAGUAUGUAAUGUAAACAUUUAAUCCUUCCGAGUAUAUAGAAAUGUUGAUUGACGGUAUUAAAACAAUAACAAAUGAAAAACUGAAGCCUGAAGUUUUCUGGUUACCUGUAUAUUGUUUUAUAAAACAAAUUUUUCUACUAUAGUUUAUAUUUGUAAUUUGGUAUUACCAAUCAUUUGUUUGCCUAUUUGGGUUGACUUCUCUUGACAGGCCAACCCAGCAAGGAUAGACAGACCAAAAUGAGAAUCUCAUAAUGUAAUUGUAUUUGUUUUAGUAUUUUAUUCAUGAUAUAUUUUC